AUGUCUUCCAGGAGACAGCUACUUUCUCGAUCGCAACUCAAUGAUAACUCUUCGCCACUGCAGCGUCGUUCUCGAAACGAAGAAGCGGGAGACCUACCAUCCAUACCCCUCCCUCCGUAUGAGCCACCCAGCUGUCCGCUCACAGCUUCCCAGAAACGCGCUCUUGACGAGCUUCGCCUCACCCAUGACUAUUCGAAGUACAAAAAGCAUUUGGCCGCAGCCAAGAAGACUAUUACGAUUGCGACCGGGGAGAGCAACGACAGGUUUACUCGCCGGAGGGACAAAGUCCGAAAAACUGCAGAGCGAAUCCGUCAGCAAGACAGAAAACAGACGGAAGGCGAAAUGGAGGAAGAACAGUAUACGAAAAGCAUGGAGAAGAAGGUUGGAAGUCUGACAGAAAAGGCAGAGAAGGCGAUGAGAGAUUUAAUCGACUAUACUGAUGAACUUGCGAUGCACGACCCAAUCCUGACGGAGAUCAGUGAGAACAUAGCGGAUGCGCCUGCUCUUCGGCCCGCAGCAAGAAGACAGAGGAGAAGGAAUGAUGACGGAGAGGGAUAUGAGGAAGACGAUGCGGACGAAGCAGGUGAUGAAGGCCCUGCAGCAGACGCAAGUAUUCUCAGUGCUGUGGAGUUGUUGAAGAAGGCAAAGGAGAAUUACGUUGAAGCAUAUACAUCGAAGAGUAUGCGUGAGAGAUACGUGAACAACGAUUAUAGGGGAUUCAAACAGACACUUCACGACGCUCUUCAUCCUGGAGAUGAUGCGCCUCCAGUUCCACAUCCAUCUACCUGGUUUCCUACAGAUCCUACAGAUAAAGCGGCUGGCUCUCGAAGUAGGCGACUCGGAAAUAGUACGGAUAACAUGAACAAUGCAUCAGACGAGGAUGACGACGUUAUCAUCGCCAGUGCGACAACAAAUUUGAAAUGUCCAUUAACACUUCAGAUGUUUGUAGAACCAUACAGCAACACUGUCUGCAAGCACACCUUCGAGAAAGCGGCAAUCAUCGCGUAUCACCACGACAAUGCGGUGGCAUUUGCUCAACCAGGCCAACGACGUGGGCACAGGGCUCCGGAAGGGCCAAAGCAAGUGAAGUGUCCGCAACUCGGCUGUGAAGCUAUGCUUGAGCUCAGCGACUUUUACGAUGAUCAACUGAUCAUCCGACAAGUAAAGCGUGCACAGAGGAAGGCAGCACUCGAAAGGGAAGAGGACGAUGAUGAGAUUGAGCCGCAGAGCCGCGGAGUAGAAGCGGAGGGAACUGAUGACGAGGACCAGAGCGUAUUGCAUGACGGGGGUCGAAGACAUAAAAUGGCGAAGACUCAGGGCGAGCAUCACAGUCAUCGAGGACAGGCUUCCGGGGAUGAAGAUGAUGAAGAUGACGGGGUCUGA